AACAACUUCAAACACAUCCUCGAGCUUGCAAAUGGCAACUAGAGAACUGGAUGAUGCCGCCCGGUUGCUUCAAUCGAAGCACGUGAGCUCGCGUCAGACCCUAACCCUGUCAUCCUUCACUUCACGUCUCUCGCGGUGCGGCGACCGGAGUAUGCCCCGCGUCUUCUCUCAUACCACUUACAACUUUCACCAAGUAAUUGCAUAACCUUACAUCACUUGUGAUUCUCCCUUGGAAGGUCAGGCAACAAAGUCUGUAAAGUGUCGCUCCCUCGAAUAGAUGAAGUCUACCUCAAUAACAUCCACCGUUUAACUUGACUGAACUGCCGAACCCAAAAGUCAUACCAACCAACGCAUCUACUACAACCUCAAGACCAAGAGACAACAUCCACAGAAAUGGCCGACCGUCGUCCCGGGCCCAACUUCAAACCCGCUGCUCCCUCGCGAAUCGCGCCUCCUUCACACACCGGACUUUCCUCCGCCGGAGCAGGAGCGGGAGCGGGAGCAAGAGUCGGAGCAUCAGUCCGCCGCAACCUGUUCCAACAGCAGCCACAAUCACAACCAGCUCAGGCAUCCCGACAACCCACUGCUGCUCCAGAUAGUACUCAGUCUCAAGGACACUUUCCAUCCCAACAAUCCUUUCAGUCUCAGACCUCUCAGACAUCUCACUCUCAGAUCCACCAGAGCAACUUUCAGUCACACUUACCUCACCAACAAGCUUCUUACCUCACCCAACCACCUUCUUCCUACUCCGACUACUCCUACCCCUACCCCCAAGAUCUUCUCAGUCAACAAUACCAACAACCAGUACCACAACACCACGAAGAAGACACCAAAAUGACCUCUUCACAAGAAUCCCCACCCUUGACCGACGCCCUCACAGACCCCAACCUCGAAAUAGUCGUUCGCGACAAAGAAACUGGAGAAAUCGACUUGGGCCACGACCCUCCCACGCCGCCCUACGACGAGGAGAUGGAAACGAUCAUGGAGGCCCGAAUAGAGCAGGAGAAGGAAAGGGAGAGGUUGGCGGACGCGGUGAGGGAGUGGUUGACGGAGCACGAGGCAGAGGGGAGGGGGGAUGUUGGGCCAGAGGGGGCUGGAGGAGGGGGAGGGGGAGGAGAAGGUGCUGGUGGGGGAGGAGGAGGUGGGAUGGAUACCGAAGAUCUCCUGGAGGCAGUCAAGGCGAGCUUGAAAGCCAAGGUCGCGGCGUUAUCGGAAGAUAAUUGGAUGUUUGAGAGGGAGGAGGUACUUCAUUUGCACUGACUGAUUGGGGAGGGAUGAUUGAGUGACGAGCGGCACGCAUUUGUUGACACGACUGGAUUGCAUUCAUGGUAACGAGGCUGGUUGGUAGUUGGGUCUGGUUCCUUCUCCGAGUUCUUUUUUCCAGUUACUACUUGGGUUUCUUUCCCCCUCUGGAUUGUUGUAUUAUCUUAGCAUAACCAGCGUAUACCCCCCUAUGAUUACCAUUUUCACCUU